UUGUGAAUCUUUAUGACUCUUUGUGAAUCUUUAUGAUUCUUUGUGAAUCUUUAUAAAUCUUUAUGACUCUUUGUAAAUCUUUAUAAAUAUUUAUGACACUUUGUGAAUCUUUAUGAAUCUUUAUAACUUUGUGAAUCUUUAUGACUCUUUAUGACUCUUCACCUUGAUUCCGACCAAUCAGAGAGCGCACGAGACCGUGUAUUUUUAUUCUUACUUGAUUGUAUUUUUAAUAGACAAAUUUUCCAAACCGUAUGUAUAAGUAACUCUAACGCUGUAUUUUAACUAUUAACUGUUUUCUUUUUUACUCUGGAAAAAAAAAACCAACCUCCUUCCAGUAACACGUUUUGAUACGCAAAUGAGCACAAUCACGCAUUAAUAUGCAAAUGAGCCCGUGACGUCACUUGGAGGUUUGUGGCGACGUCCUGCGUGUGAAGCGGCAGCAGCAGCAGAGUGACGGAGGUUUAUUUUACACGUGUUCCAUAUAAAGACCCUACAGCGGGUCCGUGUCCGUGCCAUGACCCCUUUACUCAUCAUCGCCCUCGGCAGCUUGUUCACGGCGGUCAGGAGCCGCUCGUUCCUCGGGGCUCAGUGCGACCUGCUCACCGCGUCCUGGACCGACACUAAAGUCACCUCAGUGACCGGGGACUGGAGCCACAUGUACCGCCUGAAAGUGUCGCCUCCGCCCGAGGACGGACCGCAGCGGCCGGUGUUCCCUGAGCAGCCGCUGUUCGGCUUCAUUAGGCGGGUGUACAGAUGCUGUCAGUCCGGUCACCGCUGUGCGGGAGUUAAAGGGCUCCAGGGCCGAGAGACUGCAGGCUCGACAGUGGAGUUUGUUCUGAGCGAGGACGUGUGGUCAGCACCGAUACUGAGAGCUGAGGUUCAUCUUCACAUCUCCAACCCACACCAGCUGAAGGUCCAGCCGCUGCUCCCCUGGCUCGACAAACGCCACCGGCCUACAAGGUACAGCACGUGGUGGACAGACAGCACGCUGGAGGUCAGGGUGGAUCUGCACUUCCUUUUUCAGGCUCUUCAGGCUGUCAGAGGGAAGCGUGGAGGCGCCAGGGCGAUGGAGAUCCCACGUGUCAGAGGUCUGCACACACUCCAGACUUCGGAAGUGAGACCCACUGAGGCAGAGGGUGGAGAUAGAAGGGUGGAGCAUCACCCACAGGUUCCUGUAGACCUGGGCCUGACCUUACACUGCAGCACAGUGGAGCUGAACACACCACUGCCGUGUGAGAGCCACGGGGUUCGACUACUUCACACACCCUUCAUCACGCUCUCGUAUGGAUAACACACACACACACACACACACACACACACACACACACACACACACACACACACACACACACACACACAAUAGUCUUGAUAUGUUUGUCAAAGUGCGGUCUGCCAGGACACUGUAAAUAUUCCAAAUACGCACUUCAGCAAUAAAUUUGAAUAUAUUUAAUUUAUACAGGUGUUUUGUGGGAAACUUAUCAAUGUAUAUAGUGUAAAUAAACUCAUAGUUUUAUAUAAAACUCUUUAUUUCUGUCUGGAGUUGAAUGUUAUCUGAUUUAUUCCUCACCAGUGGAUCAGUUACUGUUCUCACACACACACACACACACACACACACACACACACACACACACACACACACACACACACACACACACACA